AUGUCGCAUGUCACUUUCUGCCACUUUGUCGUGUUGUGGUCGAUGCUCACCUCGGCCUGCCUGCGCAAAUGCGGACCUACUGUAGCCCACAGCUGGGGCGGUGGUCGCAGGCUGCAGCAUGCAUCUGCGUCCGGCGUCCGAGAUGGCCUCCGAUUGACAUGCGUCCUCGCCUUUAUGCUGGCGGCCGCUGCGUUCCGGAUCGCUUCCGGCGACCGCUACAGCAUCUACGACACGGGCGAUCCGUCGGCUGCUGCCUGUCUGGGACGCCAACAAACAAGCCAGCCAACCGCAUCGUCCGCGCAAAAGCAUGCACACGGGAGCGCAGCAUACGGACGCCUACUUUCCCAACGUGGUAAAGACAGCCAAGCCACAAAGAUGAAGUCGACACUCUUCGCUAGUACGGCGACGGCAUUGGUGGCGAUGCUUGCCAUCUCCACCACAUCCGCUGUGCCCGUCGACAUGGAGAAGCGACUGAUGAUGGCUCUGUCGCUGGAUGCACAGCCUACAUUGCCUGCACUGGACCUGGGACUGCCACCAACGCCUACGCUGCCACCCAUCGCGGGACAGAUCGAGAGCAUGAUCACCCAAGUCAUUGACGGCGUUACGCAGCUCAUUCCCACCAUGAUCCCUACGCCCACGGCACCCAUGAUCGUCGCGGGUCUUUCACCCGACAUCGUAGUUGCCGCACCCACCCCGGAUGCACAGAUGGAGGCGGACGUGGUGGGAAAGCUUGCGCUGAACGCGCUUGGAUCGUUCCCCGCCAUGCUCAUGAAGAACCUCGCCGAGAUCCAAAGCGCCGCUAGCUCGAUCAUCUCGGUCGCUGCCACCGCUACACCUGUGGCUGUCGAGUAUGUGACGACGGAGAGCGGCAAGGAAUGCACCAAGACUUCGACGAUCCCCGUGCCGACGUUCGCGACGACGGGCGUGAUCAACCCGCUCUCAAUCCUUGCGCAGGCGCUCCCGAACCCCACACCCAUCAUGCAGGAGGUGACGUCGGUGAUCGGUGGCGUGACAUCGAUCCUCAAGUUGCCGGCUGCUCCGGCGCCUACGGAUCUGUUGCCGCUGCUCGGGUCGAUGCAGCUGCCCGAAAUCGACCUUCCCAUGCUCAUGGGCAACAAGCAGGACGCCUGCGUCAAGGACGCCAACGGCAACAUGAUCGGCCUCUGCGGAAACGGCGCCGUUAUCAAGGAUAGCGAGACCAUCGCCCUCUGA